CCAGACCAGGCCCUGGCUGCGCGGAGCAGUAGGGGCAUUCUUCCAAGGUAAUAAUUAAGCCAAGUGCCUGGCAAGCCAAGGAGGUGAGCCCUAUUCACACCUCGGCCAGGCUGAAGUGGCCUGGACUGGUUUGGGAAGGCAGGGCUCCAGAGCACGAGAGCCCGGAGCCGGAGGUCACAGCCUCCCACUGCAUACAGGCGACCUGGAGCAUCUCGGGCCCGAGCUCCUGCCCUGCUGGGACCCUGCCCUCGCCCCCCGCACCAUGAAGCUGCCGGUAUUCUGGACUGGGCUGGAAUACACCUGCCGGCUCCUGGGCAUCACCACCGCUGCAGUGUUGAUCGGCGUGGGCACUGAGACCUUCCUCCAGGGACAGUUCAAAAGCUUGGCUUUCUAUCUGCUGUUUACAGGAGCCGCCGUCUCCGUGAGCGAAGGGGCCUACUUUGUGGCUCAGCUGCUGGCCAUCUGCUUCCAGUGUCAGCCAGGGUCCCUGGCCCACAAAGCAAGGGAGAAGGCCCACUGGCUGGGCUGCUUCCAGAGGUUCCUGGCCUACAUGCUGCUGUCUGUGGCCUGCUUCCUCCACCCGGUCCUGGUCUGGCACGUGACCAUCCCAGGCUCUAUGCUCAUCAUCACUGGCCUGGCCUACUUCCUGCUGAGCAAACGGAAAAAGAACAAAUCUGCCCCCGAAGCGCUGGCCCCCCCGGAGCAAUACACAGACCCCUCCGGCAGUGCUGUGAGCACCACUCGCUCUGGGGACACAGAGCAGACCUACACCUUCCACGGGGCCCUCAGGGAGGGGCCCGGCUCCCUCUUCACCCACAUGAAGAGCAUCCUGAAGCGGACCAAGAAGCCCAGCACCCUCCCGCGUCCAGAUGCCCUGACGGAGCUGAUGUUGGAGCCCGCUGACUCACUGGCCAAGAAGAAGCAGGUGCACUUUGAAGACAGUGUGGUCAGAAUCAUCCCAGCUCUAGCCGAGGGCCUGGACAAUGGGGACAGCGAACCAGAGGAGACCACCUCUGACACCACCCCCAUCAUCCCUCCCCCCGAGGCCCCCCUCUUCCUCUCUUCCCUCACGAGCACCGGCCUCUUCUGAGCAGCUUGUUCCAGGCUGAGGGGUCCUCAGCAAAGUGUCUGCAGAGACAGAUGGCAGCCCUGCCUGGAAUUUCCUGAUGUCAAAGGGCCCCCCAGGGAGCUCAGGGUCUUCACAGGUCAGCUGUUCAAAGGGUGACCUGACAUCCCUGCGGUGGCUGGGCCUCUGGGGCCAUCGAGUGGCAUGACAGAUCCUUUGGAGACCUUGAGGGCAGCACAGAUGACGCUCAUGCUGCCUCGAGCCCACACAGGUUUGUCCCUUCUGGACAUCGAGUGGAGAAAUCCUUGUGUUUUCCCCCAAAGAGAGCAUAGCACAAGGCUGCCUCAGCCCAGGAGAAGCCAGAGGUCUUCUCUUGCUCCUGACACAGGGCCUAGCACUCACAAGGACUCAUGGCCCAGCUCAUCUUGAUGUGACAUUUCACCUCUGAAGGCCCAGAGAUGCUUCGGCCACUUACGUAUCACAAACGCAGGUGUCGACGGUGCCCGUGGGUCCGGAACUCCAACCAACUGAGAUUGUUGAGGAUGAGGAGUGGGGAGGGAAGGCAGGGCUGCAAGCCCUCGGGGUAGGAGCAGCCCCAAGCCGGGGGCAGCAUUCUCUGCGUGCUCUAGGGCUGGCGCCUGGCAAUAGGAGUCACAGGGCGACUCGGGGAAACAAUGCUGCUCUGUGCUUGCUACUGGGAAAGCCAGGCCAGAUAAAUGAUGUUCAUUCCAGAAGCAUCUCUGAGGGCCCCCUGCAUCCCCACCACAUGGGCUCUCAAGAUUCCAAGUAGAUGAUGUAAACUAGAGAUACUGAAAGCCGGUGACAGUCUGGCAGUGCAGGCCAGCACACAGGACAAGGCGCCUGCUGUGAGCAGGGACCACAGAGGCGGCAACCUGGAAACUCACGUAGCGCGGAGAAGGGCCUCUGCCACGCUUCGGUGACUGGUAGCAGAAUAGGUGAUAAAUGUGUCUGUUCAAGAUGGGAGCGAAGGAAGGAAAAGGGGAGAAGAGGGAAGAUAGGAAAGUAGGCAGGCAGCUGCCUACCCCUCUGCUAUGGGGCUUUGAAAGUGACAGUUAACCCAGAAUGAGGGGGAGGGUGUAGCUCAGUGGUAGAGUGCAUGCUUAGCAUGCAUGAGGUCCUGGGUUCAAUCCCCAGUAACUCCAUAAAAAAAAAAAGAGCAAACCCAGAAUGAGCAAAGAAAGUUGAAUCAGAUAUUCCUUAGUUAAGUAUAUAUAUUUUUUAAAGUGUUCGGUCCAUGGGAUUGUUGCAAGGCGGAACAGAUACAUUGUUCUCCACAGGCAAUCCUAAUUCAUGAACAAUCUGAAGAAACUGUUAUAUUGCUGCCCAUUCGUGUGUGUGUGAGCAAACGCCAGGGUUCUGCAGAAAAAGCCUUAGAGCACAUGCUUCAAGGUCUCGAUAAGAAAUGUGUCCUCAUUCUCAUUCUCAUACACUUUUCAACACUCCCUACAGGUUAUUUUGCAAAUAUGUGGAAAUAGCAACCAGCAGCUAGUGUCAGUUUGGUGCCUGAAUGCAGCAGGUGCACCAAAUGAGCAGACUUCUCCCGGCAGUAACCCAGAUCUCCCAUGAACCCAAGUGAGAAAAGACAAACAUGUUCUCAUAAGCCCUCAAAGGUGGAAGCAGUAGAGCUGUUUCUGUAGCUGCCACCAAGGAGGGACGUCAGGGUCUGAGAGUCACAGCUGGAAGAGAAGAAACAGUGUGGAACGUGGGCGUGGGUAGGCAGGGAUUGUGCCCAAUUCCUCAGGGGCCAGGUGUCUGCACAGAAGGAGCCAAGUGGGGAGGAGCCAGGGUCCCCACCUGUCACAUGGGGAGGGGAAUGUGAUUGGCACAGACACCCUCACGGCACAGGUUCCCUGGGGAACCUGAUGGUCCUGCUCCAUUCUCAGCCCAAGUCAGCAGAGCUGGGAGGAUGACAAAGUCUCAAGAAGCCAACUUGAAAGUGUAAUUUUCAGAGUUUUCAGACCCCAUUUAAUAAAUCCCUCUGUAAACCCAAGUGCUACAGCACCAGUCUGGAUGUGUCUUCAGGGUGAGGUGGGCGCUGGGAGUUCAGGUGAUAUGCAUGUGAUUUGGAGACAUCUAGGCUUCCUGGAGCCUGUCAUCAGUUAAGGGCACCUGCUGGGUGUCUACUGAGUGCAUUAGAGACGUAGGUGAUUGCAAACUUACCUAGGUUAGCAAGUAAAGUUCUUCAACACUCUUAUUGCCGACCUGCCCCCCAAAAGAGGCUAGGAUGAGAUCAUUAAAUAGACCAGAGUCUUCAUCUCUGUCAGUAGACCAGGCAAGAAAGUGGCUCCUUCCUUACAAGCAGGUGAACACCACGUCUCCAUUUGAUUCUCAGCCCCAGACCCUACAACUACAUCCUUAUCUACUGCUAUCCCUGCGAAGAUGUAACGACCCCCAUCCUCAGUGGGACCCGAAGACCAGAAGGGCUGACCCUGUUGUAGCCUGCCUCCCUCCUCAGUCGGAGACACAGCAGAUGUUACGUGGAUGGAGAACAGAGCUAUUGGAGGGAGACCACCGGGCUGAAGAUCAUUAAAUCUGAUCUUAACAGGCUGAUUGACCUUGACCAAUGCCCUUCACCACUCUGGUUUCAGGUUCUUCUGUUAACUGGGAAUAACAGCACUUCUCUCGGGACUGGCGCAUUAAGUCUUGCAAGAAAAAUGGAGAAAGUGCUUUUCAGAAGACAAAUCACCCAACUUGGUGUGAGUGCGUGUUCCUCUUACUGUGGGGGCCUCAGUGGGAGGAAGCCCCAAAGUAAAGAAGCACUGAGGACACAUCGCCAAGGCUUGUCUCUAGGGCAAGGCCAAUGCAGGUCUCAACUCCAGACUCCAGGGCUUGAGGCUGGGGCUGGUGUAGACCCCAUCCUCCAGCUUAGACAGAACCAUCAUAACAGAUCCCCAGUCAUGAGGAGCCAUGUCCUGGGGGUCAUCCAGUAUUCCAAAAUCUCUCCCAUCCAUCCUAAAGGAAUUUUUUUUUUUUUUAGUUUUUAAAAUACCUUUACUGAGAUACAAUUUGAGUAUCAUAAAAUUCACCAAUUUAAAGUGUGUAAUAAAGUGUUCUUUGUUAGAUUCAUAUUCAAGUUCAUCACAGUCUAAGAUCACAAUAUCUUCAUCACCCCUAAAACAGUUUGUUACCCAUUAGCAAUUAUUCCCCCAUCCCACUUCACUCCUACCCUGACAACCACUAAUCUACUUUGUGUAUUUAUAGAUUUUCCUAUUCUGGACACUUCAUGGAAAUUGAAUCAUACAAUGUGUGGUCUUUUGAGACUUGCUUUGUUCACUUAGCAUAAUGUUGUCAAGGUACAUCCAUGUUGUAACAUGCAUCUUUAUGUUACUGCUUUCCAUGGCUGAAUAGAAUUCACUUAUAUGAAUACACUACUUGUGUUUAUCCAUUCAUCAGUUGAUAGGCAUUUGUGUUGUAUCCAUUAUGUGGCUAUUAUAAAUGAUGCUGCUAUGAACAUUUUCAUGUACAAGUUUUUAGGUGGACAUAUAUUUUCAUUUCAAGUGGCAUUGCUUUGAUCAAGUGGUAACUCAAUAUUCAACUUCUUGAGAAACUGCCAAACUGUAUACCAAAGGGGCUGCACCAUUUUACAUUACCAUCAACGGUGUGUGAGGGUUCUGAUUUCUCCACAUCCUCAUCAAUAUUUGGUAUCGUCUGAUUUUUUUUAUUAUAGUCACCCAUUAAUUAUUUUUUUAAUUAAUUAUGGUUUUGAUACACAUUUCCCUAAUGCCUAAUGGUUUUGAGCAACUUUUUAUGUGAUCAUUGUCCACUUAUAUAUCUUCUUUGACAAAUGACCAUUCAAGUGCUUUGCCUUUUUUUAAAUUGGGUUAAUUGGCUUUUUACUUCGAAUGUAAGAGUUUUUUAAAAAUAUAUUUUGGAUACUAGACUUUUACCAAGUAUAUUAUUUGAGAACAUUUUCUCCCAUUCUGUGAGUUGCCUUUUUACUUUCUUGAUAAAAUCCUUUGAAGCACAAAAGAUUUAGUUUUGGCGAAGUCCAAUUUAUCUAUUUUUUUUCUUUUGUUGCUUAUUCUUUUGUGGUCAAAUCUAAGAAACUGUUGUCUAACCAAAGGUUAUGAAGAUUUAUUCCUAUAUUUUCUUCUAAGAGUUUUAUAGUUUUAGUUCUUAAAUUGAGAAAUAUGAUUAAUUAUAAGGUAAUAUUUGUGUACGGCAUGAGACAGAAUCUAAUUUAAUUGUUUUACAUGUAUUUAUCCAUUUGUUUUGUCACCAUUUGUUGAGUUGAAUUGUCUUGGCAAAAAUUUAUAGACCAUAAAGGGUUUAUUUCUGGACUUGCAACUCUAUUCCACUGACCUGUGUGUCUAUCCUUCUAAUAUUACUACACUGUUUUGAUCCCUGUCACUUUGCAGUAAGUACGUUUUGAAACCAGGAAGCAUGAGCACCCUACUUUGUUCUUUUUCAAGAUCAUUUUGGCUAUUCAAGGUCUCUCAUGCUUCCAUAUGAAUUUUAGAAUCAGCUUAUCAAUUUCUGCAAGAAAGCAAGCUGGAGUUUUAAUAAGGAUUUUACUGACUGUGCAGAUCAAUUUUGAGAGUGCUCCCAUCUUCACAACGUUAAGUCUUCCAACUGAUGAAUAUGGGGUAUCUUUCCACUUAUUUAGAUCUUCUUUAAUUUCUUUCAAUAUUGUUUUACAGUUUCCAACGUGCAAUUUUAUUUUAUUUUAAGUGUUUUAUUCUUUCUCAUGUUUUUUUAAAGUGGAAUUAUUUUCCUUUUUUCCCCAGCUUUAUUGAGGUAUAAUUGACAAAUAAAAAUAUAUAUUUAAGUGUAUAAUGUGAUGAUUUGAUAUAUAUAUAUAUACAUUGUGAAAUGAUUUCCAGUCAAGUUAAUUAACAAAUGUAUCACCUGUCACCUCUUGUUAAAUUUUAUUUUCAAUUGCUAGUAUGUAGAAAGAUGAAUGGUUUUUGUGUAUUGAUCUUAUCUCUUGCAAACUUACUGAACAAAUUUAUUUACUUAUUUAUUUUUUUAUUUCAAUUAUAUAAUAUAGUUUAUCAGCUGUGGUUACUGUGUUUUACAUUAGAUCCUCAGACUUUACUCCUCUUAUAACUGAAAGUUUAUAUCCUUACCAACUUCUUCCUAUUUACCCCACCCCUCAGCCCCAAAUAUAAGUGACACUAUGCAGCAUUUGUCUUUUUCUAUGUGACAUUUUACUUACUAUAAUCCCCUCAAGGUCCAUUUAUGUUGUUGCAAAUGGCAAGAUUUCCUUCUUUCUCAUAAAUAAUAUUCCAUUUU